CCUCGCUCGCUCACAGCAGAUGGAUACUCAGAAAGCAGCUUCUCAUUUUCCUGAUUUUUAAGCCGUGUGUGUGUGUGUGUGUGUGUGUGUGUGUGUGUGUGUGUGUGUUUAAUUAGAGUUGAAUCUACUCUUGACCCUCAGUGAGAAGAAGCAGAGUUUCUGUCCCUGACUGUUCAGAAUCAGGAUGAACACUAACACCCUCCUCACCAAGCUGCAGUCCAGGAUGCAGAUGGCAAAGCAGGUUAGUGACGAGGAGAAGCUCUACAGAUACAAGGGCGUCCUGUACCCGAGCAUCAUGUGCCCCGAGGACCACCUGAAGGCUCUGGAGAACCUCGAGGCCCGAGAGGACGACGUCAUGCUGGUGGCCUAUCCCAAAUGUGGGUUUAACUGGAUGGUGGGGGUGCUGAGGAAGAUCAUCGCAGAGGCCACAGGGAUGAAAACUGAAUCCAAGGUGCCGCCACUGAUCGAGUUUCUCGGACCGGACGUCAUGAAGCUCAUGGAUCAGUCACCUUCUCCGAGGUUUUUGGGAACUCACCUGCACCCCGACAACAUCCCCACCACCUUCUACACCAAGAAAACAAAGAUGCUGGUGAUCUUCAGGAAUCCUAAAGACACUCUGGUUUCUUUCUAUCACUUCUCCAACAACAACCCGGUCCUCCCAUCCGGACAGUCCUGGGAAUCGUUCUACUCCCACUUCAUGAGCGGAGACGUGCCUUGGGGAUCGUACUUUGAUCACGCUUUAGCCUGGGAGAAGAGAAUGAAUGACCCCAACGUCAUGAUUGUCACCUACGAGGAAUUAAAGCAGGACCUGAGUGAGGGCGUCCGUCAGAUCUCCAGCUUCUACGGUUUCCCCCUGACGGAGGCUCAGGUCCAGCAGGUCACAGAGGACAGCUCCUUCACAGCCAUGAAGGAGAGCUCGGCCAACUCCCACGGCCCCAUGGGAAAGGUCAUCUUCAGAAAAGGUGAAGUUGGGGACUGGAGGAACCAUUUUACACCCGAUCAGAGCCGAGAGAUGGACGAGGCCUUCGACAAACACCUGGCAGGAACCAGGCUGGGAGAGAAACUUGACUACCAACUACACUGUCAGUAGGAAGCAAGGAAGCGGGAGAGGGAAGAGGGAGGGUCUGACAGUCCUCCCCUCAGACGGGUACCUUGCCACCUUGUUUCGACUGAAACACCAACCACCACAUCAACAUUUAACAGUUCUCACCUCAGUCAGUAGUGGAUGUUAUCACUGCCUGACAGUUUCAGUUCAGGGCCAAAUGUCAAACUGUGAAAGGUUCAAGGCAAGAUGGAGGAAGAAAAAGAAGAAAAAGUGGAUUAUGGUUUAUUCUUUGUUUUAAAGUCCAGUCUAUGAAGCUUUUUUCUGCAGCAUUGAAGAAAGAGCAUCUCAGGUUAAACACGGUCGAGCACAGGAAGGCAGCAAGUUAUCGUUUUGUCUCUGUGCAGAUGAAACCAAACAAGAUAAAACAUGUUGAUAAAUAAGCGUUGAAGUUGCUCUCAGAUGGAUUUUUUCACCUCAUCAAACAGAAGAUUUUCACAUUUCUUCAAACUGUUUCUUCUCUUGUGCAGCUGCACUUCACCUGACGUCUCAAUGUGAGUCAAACAUCAGUGAAUACGACAAAUGUCAUAAAUGAAUAAACAUGGACGACAGGACAGGUACCAAAGGUGAAGCCAAAGUGUCUCAACUGCCCCCUGGUGGCUGGCUCCUAUCUCCUCCUUUUUAGCAGAUGGGACAUGGACCAAACUGAAAAUGUUGUUUUCUUUUUCUCAGAUAUUUCUCCUGAACAUUUAACGCUUGUGAAAAACUUGCUCAAAGUUUCAAAGAUCAGGGUCGAAAGGGUCAGUUGUAACUGUAGUGCCCCCAUGUGGUACACAGCAAUGCCAUUAGAUUAAUGAAGUAAUAUAAAAACCAAACACUUCAAUGACACUCCAGGCAGCUACUUUAACAUUAAACUGGGUUGGAUGAUGUUUCAUUGAUAAGGUUCAUUAUUGAGCAGCAUCAGUCUCAGGCGUGGUUUUUUUCACCUGCAGAUGAAUGUUUACAUCCUGGUUCUUCUUAUUCACUGAUGUUUGACACCUGAUUAAAACACUUGAGUUGUCUUUCUUCAGCAUCUAUAUGAACUCAUGAAUGAAGCAUGGUCAUGACUUUAAACUGUGGCAUUGAAACAAAACUGUGAUCGGAUUAUGGGCUGUCACAAAUAUACACAAUCCCUACAUUGUACUGCAUGAACUUUGUAUUACACAUGGUACUGUACUUCACUGAGCAGGAUGAUGGUGAGAAAUUAAAGUCUUUUCCAGAUC